GAGUUAUCCUCCUGUUCAAACAGAAAGAGGAAGUAAAAAAGGAAAAACCAUAACUAGUCAUUUCAAACAUCCGAUCUGAAGAGGUUUUAUUAUAAAAAUCAAUUUGCUUAUUUCAAACCAAACAAAGAAUGUUUCAAGCACCAGAUUACAUAGAGUCAGUGUCAGUAAUACUGUCAGAAGUUCUUUCUGAUAUAGGAGUAGAUGAGAGGAUUGUACUUAAGAGAAGAAGAGCAGCUUUACUGGCAGAAUCUAUGGGCACAAUAACAUCACAACUACAGGAUUUCAACUGUACAGGAUACUUCUUCGGCAGCCAGUCAGAGGGCACAACAACACUGGCUCUUAAUUCAGACAGUGACCAACUAGUGUGUCUCAAUGACUGUAAUGUGAUACAAGAUAGAAGUGACUGGAAACCUAAUGUAGAAAAUUAUCUGAUGAUCCAGGAUGAUACUGUAUCACCUGGCUAUUGUCUUCUGCAACAUCUGAAAAACGAUAUUCCACUUCCAUAUCAUACUGUACAUGAUAAAUAUUUCAGUGAAAGAAAAGGAAAAAUAUUGAUCAAGAAUAAAGUCAUGUCUGAAAGAGCAGCUGCUAUCUAUGGGAGAGGAAUCAGACACGGUCCAGCACAAACAUUACAAGAAAACCUGGGAUGACUGAUACAGACCUUGUUCCUGCUUACCACUGUAAAUCCUGGCCUCUACAAGCAAGGCAGUGGCUAGACUGGCAAGGUGUAGGUCAGUGGCCUUCAGCUGACAUGAGAAGAUACUGUGGCAGUACUGGAUGUUUCCUUGUUGCUGUUGGAAGCAAGGGCAGUGAACAUGAGGAACUUGAAUGGAGAAUAUCAACAUCCCUAGCUGAAAGAUGCUUAAUGUUCAGUCUCAAUAUAACACAAAUUCGAUGUUACGUCUUGAUGAAGAUGAUACUGAAAACCUUUAUCAAGCCAUACUUUGAAGAUACCAUUUCAAGUUUCGUGUGUAAAACAGUUAUGUUUCACUGUAUUGCAAAUACACAUUCAAACAUCUGGAAAGAAAAAAAACGUACUUGGGUGUCUGUCAUUGUCUUUAUUUGUUCUACACAACUGUAUUUUGAAUGAAUAUUGUCCACACUUUAUCAUACCUGGAAACAAUUUGAUGAAAGGAAAUAUACCACACAAAGAUAAACCUUACAUUCUGCAAAAACUAGGUGAUGUUGUAACUGGUAGGUGUAUAGCAUUACUGGGGAUUGAGUGUGACUGUCUUGGUUUAAGGCUUCAGCUUAAAAUACAUAAUAUAGGCUCUGUCAAAACGAGUGUUUCAGAAUACAUAUUAAGGUCACUUGCACUCAAUUUUGAUUUUGUCAAAAGGUCUUGUCUAACUUCUAUCAGCACCAGCAACAGUAGUUAUGAAGAAGCUGUACAAACACUGCGGAAGUAUAUUUCCAAAUUAGAUGAUAUCUCUAAUCAGUGUGAAGGAGUGGACAAAUCAGCAUGCUGUCUUCUUGCACCACAGUUUUGUAUAUCCCUGGGAACUGCCCUAGCAUCCCGCAGCAUUCAUUUGUACAAUGCAGUAUCAGAGGAAGCUCUUACCUGGAUCUCCCUCGGCUUGAACUCAGAUGUUUCAUCUGGUAAACUGAAGCUAGCAUCAGUCUAUAACUGUACAGGGAAUACUUGGAAAACGGAAAUUACCCUUAGAAAUAUUGAAAGAAGCUAUGACUUAAACACUGUUGAGCCUAUUUGUUGUUGCCAUUCUUACAUCAAACUAACUCCAAGAAAAGGAUUUUGUGCAAUAUCUAAUGAUCAUAAUGAAGAAGCUAUUCAGCAUAUUACUGCAUUCUGUGUUAGCUUUCUGCCAUAUGAAAUAAAAUGUGUUCCACAUGAAAUGCAGUAUGAAAUGUUUAGAUCUCCGAAAGACGAUCUAACUUUCAGACCCCUACAGGACUACUGGAUAAAAUGGGCUGUGGUUGAUUCUCUGCCUUACCUCUACUUUCUACAAUACAAGACCUACAGAUGUCUUGGGAGACAAGAUGAAAAGAAAAGAGCACUGUCUAACCUUCUCAGGACAACUGACCAAGAACCAAAUCUUGGACACAGAGAAACAGCCUUAAAUUUACUAGGACAAUGCAUGGAACAAGAGAACCGGGCUACAGAUGCUUUGCGCUGCUAUUUAAUAUCCUUAAAUCUAAGGAAGAGAUACAAUGUUGCUAUUUAAUAUCCUUAAAUCUAAGGAAGAGAUACAAUGUUGCUAUUUAAUAUCCUUAAAUCUAAGGGAGAGAUACAAUGUUGCUAUUUAAUAUCCUUAAAUCUAAGGGAGAGAUACAAUGUUGCUAUUUAAUAUCCUUAAAUCUAAGGAAGAGAUACAAUACUGCAAAGAUCCACAUCUGUAGACUUUUAUCAAGUUUACUAACUAACAAGUAGAGAGCAAGAAAAGCAGACCGGUUGGCGAAAGAAAAAAUAGACACUAAUUUGAAUAUUUUGUCAGUAUUCUUCUCAUCUGUGAAAAUAUUCUAGUUUUGCACAUCAAAUCAAAUUUCACCUUUCGGGUAAACCACUUAUACACUGUAUUUAGAAACAGGACCUGUUUUUUCAAGGGGCCUUUAAAGAGGUAAUCUGAAGAUUGUCUUUUUGCAUCAGGACAGUAGAUAAAAUUAGCAAAUGAUUUUUUCGUCGCAAAAAUCGAAAGCAUUGGAAAAUAUAACUUGCACUAUUUUAUAGAGAUAUGCUGUAUUAGCAAGUUUACCAGUUUUACAAAGUGUGUUGAUUACAGCUUGCAACCUAAUACAAAUCAUGUGCACCA